AUGUUUGGGAGCUGGCUGCCGGAGGAGGUGGCCGUGCGCGUCUUCCGCUGGCUCGCACCCGACGACCUCGCCCGAGCCGAGCUCGUGUGCCGCCAGUGGCACAGUCUCGUGAGCUUGUCGCCCGCCUCGUCUUCCCUCACCCCCUGGCUCUGGCGCAAGGUGCACGAGCGGCACUUUGGCGGACCGGUGCCGACCAAGAAAAAGAAGAAGAGCUUCGACCAGCGCACUUUCUGCCUUCACUCCGCGCGUCUCCUCCACAAAUAUCAGCAGAGCGCAGCAAACGUGGAUGCGAUGCUGAUGUGGGCCAUCAGUUGCGGGCACCACGCAGCACUGGCCCACAUUCUGGCCACCAGCCCGGCCGCGGUGCGCGCCUUGCCAGAGAAGCGCGACGUCUUCUUGGUGGGCGCCCUCGGCUCCGGCGACGAGCGCAUUAUGGAGCUGAUGUGCGCCCACGGCGCGCCCGUGCCGCCCCGCAUGGUCAUCGCGGCCGUGCGCCGGGGCUCUCUGGGUACCGUGAGCGUGCUGCUGCGCUUCGCGGUGCCUACACAGCAGACCGACUCCGAUGACGGUGGUGCACAGCCGCCGGCGGCCAUUACCACCCCGCUCGACCAUCUCGAGGCCCUGCUCCAGGGAAGCGGCACCAGCGCCGAGACCCUGUGGCACCGGGCCGCGGAGGGAGGUCACCUCUCGCUGAUGGCGCGCUUGGCCAAGAUCCACCAAGAGCACAGCCAGGAGAGGUAUCGUCAGUUGCUGCUCUCUUAUGGUCCACGCGGCUACACCGCGUUGCAGGUCGCGUGCUGCCAGAACAACCGGCGAGUGUUCGACUUCCUCGUUGCGGGUCACAUGUGCGACGAGCUGCUGAAUGCACCCACACGUUACCGGCCCAUCAUGUCGGCGCUGCUGCUGGCGGUGAAGCACGCCGGUGUGGAUACCACCAGGCGAUUGCUGGAGUUGGGCGCGCAAGAGAGCAACGCCGGUCUGAACUUUUCGCCCCUGCAUGUCGCGAGCUGA